CUUCCACGAGCUUCCUGCUGUUCUAUUUCUUUAAACUCCGAGCUACAGCAUAAAGCCAUUGAUUCUACCUCGAUCGUCCAUCAAAUCUAAAACCAGACAACUCUUCGUUCAACAUGCCUCGUCAGUCCCGUGGUCGCCCUGCGGCUCCCAGCAGGCCAACUGCUGCCCCUGCCCGCCCUUCCGUUCCUGCAGCACAACCUCAUCCAACCCAAAACCGAACGGCUUCUACGGUCGCUCACCCGCCAGCACAACAAGCUCCACCAGCUCCAGUUCAACAGUCACAAGGCCCUGGCCUCUUCGGUCAGAUGGCUAGCACCGCUGCUGGUGUCGCCGUGGGUUCUUCCAUCGGUCACGCAAUUGGGGGCCUCUUCUCAGGCGGUUCCUCGAGCGCCGCCCCCCAGGAAGCCACACAACAAGCAGUUGCCAACGGCGAUGCUCGUGCUGCAUACAGCCAGAGCUACAACCCACCUCGGGUAUGCGAGAAUCAGGUAAUGCAGUUCCGCAACUGCAUGGACACAAAUCAGGGCGACUUGAACAUUUGCGGGUGGUAUCUGGAGCAGCUCAAGGCAUGUCAACAGGCUGCUAGCCAAUACUAGAUUUUUGGCGCAUAUCUGGUUGAGUCUGUGUAGAUAUUGAAUUGCAUGGAGAUGGCACCAAAGAGCAUUAGCAUAGUUUCAGAAUACCGUCUUCGCUCAGUCAAAAGUGAGAAAGAUUGCAAUUCACUCUAAUUCCUGAAA